CUAUCCUUAAAUAAGUAACUGCCCAGUCUGUUCGAAGCCUCGCGCACUCGCGUAGUCGGGAACUUCGUAUCACCGAAAUCUUUUUAUAUCACAGUGUUUUUAUCAUAUCCCGUAGCCGAGUUGUCUAGCUGAACCUUUCGUGGUAACAUAGGAAAAAUCUCACACGUAUCUCGGAGUGGGACAGUUUAGAAACCUUGCAGAUCACGUUGGGCCCCGUUGGGGAAGAGAAUUAUAGCCGCCAUGAUGACGAAAUGGGGGCUGCUAUUCAUGAUAGUUUUGGGCCAAACGGUGAGUACUGAAACCUUCACAUCUUCCAUUUGGGGGGCAGGAAAGACACACUGGUACAGAUUACUUCCUACUAACCUUUAGCUCUUUUUCUUUAAUGGUAAAAAACUGUAGCUUUAAGCCUCUGAUAUAUAUUUGCUGACGCAUCAAAACGUGUUGUAAACGUUUUGCAGAGACCUUCUACUCCCCGACGUCCUUUCUGAGCUUUUCUGGGGUCUCCCUAAACAUUAGCAGAUUGUAAGACUUAUGUUGUUUGAUAACGAUUUACUCUGAUAAGCGAUACGUUGAACGUACCCAAGAUUGUUGCGCACAUGUGAUUACAGGGACAUAUUUGUAUAUAUCACACAACUCUCAGUUACCAGGUCUGCUUCGUUACACAAUAAUCAUUUCGGUUAAGUUUUCUUUAAACUUAACAUGUCAUAUCUAACGCAGCUGCAACUACUUACUGCCCAUCAUGCUUUUAUAUGCAAAUUACUAGCGCGGCAUAAAUGAAAUAUAAAAAUAUAUGUACUGUAGUUUGUUGUGUAGAAAGUGUUUACAAUAGAUAGUCGAAUGAAGAUAAGAUAUUUAUAUUACCACUGCCUCUAUGGCUAUUUCAUAUCUUUUCUGGUUAUGAAAGUCGUAUUGAAGCGACUUCUGGUAAAUUCGUAAAACUGGAUAGGAAAACGUAGGCGGUCUAUAUGAACAGUGUUGUGACGGAAGUUAUAUCUUUAGCAAUGACUUAAUGAAGAAUUUAAAAUAUGCUAGACAGGAAGUGGUGCAAUAGUGCUCGUGGGAUGAUUGCAUCAGUGAUUGGUACGGGCUCUUACACAUCAAUUUUGGUCUGUAGUCCUUUCUAUUCUAACUCUACUACCACCGCGGUAUAUAUUGGCAUAUGCGUGCUCGCGCUCGACGAUCUCUAAAAAAGAUCAGAAAACUCGUACUCUUCCUUCCAGUUACUCUUUCUCCAUUCUUUCUGUUGUCUUCUCUAUUGCGCCCAUUUUUUCUAUUCUAUUCUAUCUUCCCGAUUCCAGUUUACUUUUCUUUCUCGCAACACUUGAGCAUGUCCUUCUUUCCUAUUCUUCCCGAUUUCAGUUUUUCGUUUUUACAAUCCAUCAGAGAUGGAGCUCAACAAGAGGGGAGAUUAGGGGACUGUCAACACCGCAGAAAAAAAAUAAGAAACAUCGCAUCACCCCAAAAACAGUUGACGAAACACCGACAACAUUAAUCUAACCCAUUUUAAAUAAACUCCAUAUAGUUGGGGAAGGAGGAUCUCGGAGCUGGUUUUGAUUUAGUAGAGACUUAGACUGACCUCAAGAUUCUGAGAGCUCUAUUUCAUGUUAUGCAGAUAAAAAUAAUGCAUGGUGGCGUGUUACGAACUUUCCAACGAGUAGUUUCGGAUCCGGAUUUUUCCCUCUUCAUAAAAGAGGGACACAGCCGGAUAUACACUCUAUUGUAUGCUCAAUUGCCUCGAUGUUGCAGCCAUCAGGAGCCAACGUACUCUCUCCUAUCCGCCCUACGGAGCAAGGAGAGAACCCUGGGAACGAGGUUACCUUCAUGCCUGCAGCAAGGCUGGGGAAACAAUGUCGUCUACAACAAACUCUCCCACGUCUUAACUCAUUCACAUUUUCCGUCAAACUAUCCCGUUGUAAAGCUAGUCUUUGCACCCACUGUUUCAGAUAUUUUUCAUCAUUUCACUUUUUUACUCACAGGUAUGUUUAUUUGGGGAACCAUUUCCGUGCAAGGCAGGACAGAUCCACUGGAAACCGAACACUACAUCAGGAGACCAGUACAAAUGUCUGGAGUGCCCUUAUUGCUUUAAGGGACAAGAGCCUUCUGUCCCGUGCGGCAGUUCUGUUCCAUACAAAACUCCAGUUGACUGUGUAGAAUGCCAAAGUGGUAAAACGUACUCAGACGCAGACGGCAAAGAACAGUGUAAAGCGUGUAGGAUGUGUUCCGGGAAAGCCAUAAAAAAGAACUGUACUGUUUCAUCAAACACUGAAUGUGAUGAUAAAUGCUUGCCCGGAUAUUAUGAGGAGCCAUUUAUCUUCGGAUGCCAUCCUUGCACAGACUGCUGUAACGAUGAGAAAGAUGAAAUCGCAAAGGAAUGUGCAAAUUCGGAGAAGAAAUGCAAAGUUCGCUCAACGCCUUGCAGCAGGGAAUCAAAGCGGUCUAACAGUUCUGAAACAGUUCGACUAAAAGUAUCUACAACCUCACCAACAACCUACAAGAAGCCGAUAACGAGUGACCCAACUUGGUUAGAAUCCAAACCUGAGAAACAUACCUCUAACGUCUUACCAACCUUGUCAGGCAACAACCUCGUGGUAAAUUUCCAAACCAAAGCGGCAAGGUCCCUUGACCAGAACACUAAUGGCAAUGACAAUAACGUACUGAUAAUUGCUUGCACAGUGUUGGCAGCAUUCGCCACGCUAGGAACAAUUGUUCUCAUUUCAUUUAAGUUAUGUCGGCGAAUAAACGCGGAUACCGUCCUGGCUCGCUGCAACAGAAAUUCGAAUGAUGACAGUGCAGUGGACGACAUUGAACUCUGCAGACCACUUACAUCAGCAUCACAAGAGGAGCUUAACGAAGGUAAAUGUUCAACCAGCAUACUAAAUAACUUAUCAGAUGUCAGUAAGGGCUUGAAAUAUACCGUAAAAUUCCGAAAAUAAGCCCAGGGGCUUAUAUUUUUCAAAGGCCCUUUUUGAGGGGCUUAUGUACGGACGGAAAUUUACGUUUCAAAAUCGAUUAGGCUAGCUUGUAGUGGGAAGGAAAUUUACCAUUUUUGCUGUGUUUUACUUUGUAUUCGAGGGCAAAUUCCAAGUACAAGCCCCCCAGGGGGCUUAUAUUCGGAGGGGCGAUUUAACGGAGGGUUUUUUGCGUUACGAUUUUCGGGGGCUUAUAUUUGGAGGGGCUUAUAUAUGGAGGGGUUUAUUUUCGGAAUUUUACGGUAAUACCAUUCUGACUUGAGCACGAGAUUAAUCGUCAAUCGCUUUCGCGGAAAUCAAAAUGGCGUGAGGAUGCAUGAUUCAACUUGUAAAAGACGUUAAAAGGCUAUCGUUAUGGUUAUCGCAAUAAAUAACACGGGGGAUCUGUGCUGAGAAAUACAUCAUUUAAAAUCAUGAGUGACAUCACAAUAGGGAGGGGGUACCCAACAUGAAAACAAGAGAGAUGAUCGCUGUCCCGUUCAGGUACUGUCUUUUAUAGUGCCUGGUUGAGUUCCUAAAAUGGACAUUAGCGUGCGAGCAAGCUCUCCACUAAUGGCAAGCAAAGCAAGCCGCAAGGGAACGUGCGUACUGCCCUUGCGUUACUUCUCGCGACUACCCUAAAUGAUGAGCUUGCUCGCAGGCUAAAUGGAAAUUCAAAAAUAAACAAGUCACUGCAUCUCAAAGGUAAUGGGUUUUGUGCACAGAUAAUAUAGGGGAAUUUAUGGGAAACCCGCUAAUCUAGUUAUUUUGUAAUUUCUUUAUUGUUGUAGAUGACAUGACUCUUACCGAGUUGGAGAGUAAUAACCAUGGCGUAUUUGACGAGAUGUGCUUGAUGCUUGAUAAUGGAAGACAAUCGGUUAGUAGGGACUACGAACGGUUAGCUGCAUGUUACAAGGGAAUUCCACUGGAAGUACGCAAUGCUUUACAAUCUGAGCAUCUUAGCAACAGAAGUCCUUCAAAAAUGUUGAUGAAUCAUCUGAAGACAAAAUAUCCUAAUCUUCCGUUGCGCCAUUUUGUUUGGACACUGAAAGAGAUUGGACGAAACGAUCUUGUUGAAAAGUUAAAGCCUUAUGUUAAGAAAAAUGUUAACAGCCCUCCCGCUUAGCAAAUUGAGUCUUGAAGCUUUUCGAGCGAGAUAUUAGAGAAGUAGAGAAAACCUUCAGUCGGAGGACGAAUUUCCCCCAUCAUUGUUUUCACACACUCUUGUCUCUAAUAUAAGGAAUUCGCCCAAUCAGAAAUGAAACGCUUCAAAAUCCUAAAGUUAGGGAUUCUUCGGUGAGGUCUGUUAACAUCCUGACUUUAUACAUAUAAACACCCACAAAGGAUGAACUUGAAGUUUGAAGUUUGUUUUGUACUGUUAAAUAGGUUUAAAUAGUUCUGGACAAAAAGGUGCUGAAUUGAGGCAUUUACCUCGCGUACAAACUGGGCAAUCAAAUUAUUUGGUGUUUUUUGGCGGCUUGGUAAACUCAACCAGCACGCGAUCCUGUGAAAAAUUAUCAACAUUAUUUUUUAUACGGCCCUCGAAAACAACACUACGAGUGGAUAGGAACUGAAUGCUGUUUAAAAAGUAGCGGGAAAAUCUGUUUGGUCCUCUCUGCUGUUGUGUAAACUUGAAGAGUGUAUCUUUGAUUGCACAUUAAAACUGCGGACAUUUUGUGAUAUAGAAAGCUCUAAAGGCAAAAUAUGAACCCCUAUACAUCCUCAUUGCCAUAGCAACACUUAACAGGAGCUCUGUCAAGGGAUAUUUAGUUACUACAUUUUUAAUGUAAAAUUACCAGGUUGAAAAUGAAGGAAACCUCCAAUUAUUUAAUAGUUUGAAUUUAGCACAAAAGAACAACUCAUAUGCAGCAAAAGCAGCAGAUUUAUAUGGAUUGCAAAUGUCAAACUUGAUAAACAAUGAGUGAGGUGCAGAAAACAUGACAGAGCCCUAUAAAUGCACAUCACACGUGAAAAUUAUCAGAACAAACUCAGUUAGUUAUAUUUCCGAGAUGACGAUGGGAUGUCAAUUGAGAUCUUGGAUGCUGUGAGGAGAAGGUAAAAAGAACAAGAAGUUACCUUUUGUUGUGCACAUUUAAGUCCAUUGUACCUUGUUCCCUAGGAAAAUUAUUUAAGUUGUUUCUAAUGUAAUUAUAAGUUGUGAAAAUUGGGUUGUUGUGUUGCAGUAAAUAUACAGAAAGAUUAUUUAAAAGAGCUUCUGUUAAAGUAAAUUACUUAAAUUAAAAUGAUUAAAAUUUUAUAAGAGAGUGCAUUUAAGAACAGUUGUACCUCAUUUUACCAUAAUGAUACCUUGCUAAUUUGUUGAUAAUAAUUUUUGUCACAAAAUAGAAAAAUUGUCUUAACUAUGUACAUGUACUUUGUAAUGCAGUGGGAAUAAUUAAGCUUACUUAAUUUGCUGAGAAUUUGAAAUGGGAAAUCAAUAAAUCAAGGGGCAUUUUAAAAUAAAAAUAGCAUGAUUUUAUUGGCUGAUAAAAUACCGAAAAGAAAUGGAUACAUUGUUAGUAAUAACGCUGUAUGCUUUUGAUGUAAAGUAAAGUAGUGUGCUAAGGUUUCUGUGUAUACAAGCUGUAAAUAAUAUUGCUAGAGUAGAUUAAAG